AUGGACAGUUUUCUUUUACUUCUAGCAACUUGCAGUUUGAUUCCAUCCAUAGAGAGUUUAACCUGUUAUAAGUGUUCAAGAGUAGAUGGUAUAACAGCUGAGCAGGCUAAUCUCAAUUGUCUAAUAAACUCAACUGAGGUCCUAUGUCAGAGUUCAUAUGAUAGGUGUUAUAGUUCUAUACAUGAUGCUAGUAAUACAAUAGAAAAAGGUUGUACAUCAAGUGCAAGAUGUAUAGAGAGUAAUAUAUGUUGUACCAAUAAUUUCUGUAAUGCUGGUUUUGCUACAGGUAUGCGGACAGGGUAUGGUAAACCAUGUGAAACUCAGUCAGAUUGUAUUCAAGAUACAGAAGACAUGGUUUGUAGUCAGGCAGUUGAAGAUUCGUCAUUAAAAUGUCAAUGUACAGAAAAGAGGCACAAUAAAGGUGCUAUUUGCAAACUCAAAAGUGAUGUGACAGAAUAUUGCGAUGGAGAUAACCAAUGUUUAUUAUAUAACUCAUUCUGUGAAGAUUCACGCUGUCGAUGUGCUGACCAGUUUUAUCCCAAUAAAACGGAAGAAUCGUGUUUACUGAAGCGACCACUAACAGACCCUUGUAGUAAAGAUAUGGAAUGUCGAGCUCAUAAUUCUAUGUGCCAUAGUGAAAUGUGUGUAUGUAAAUAUGGUUAUUAUGCUGGAAAAUAUGAAGAUCAUUGUUCAGGUUGUUCCAGAUUAGAAUGGUCUUUGUUGGUGAUUUGUCUGCAGUAUUUUAUAUAUGUGUUACAUUAG